CAUAGAUCAAAAUAGAAACAAAUCAAUAGUCGACACGCUAAAAAGCUUCACUCCCAGUCUUACAAGGACUACUUGGCUAGUCAGCUACCUAGUUAGUAGGAGUUAGUUACUCCGUAGUGGUUACUAUAGUAAAUGAAUACUAUCACCGUGAUCCGAUCCUGUCGGACGAACCUUUCAUCGCCCACUAGGCUCAUAGUCGGUACGCCCCAAAGCUUCGCUUACCGACUGGUUUUGCUCUGAUUGAGGUCAACUGGCCGAGUGAAUAGUCCUCUGGGUGGAUCAAACUCGAGGUAUUAUUAUUUAGUAUUCCCUCCGUAUUCCUCCAUGCUAGUUCAUGGUACUAAGUACUAGUAGUACUCCGUAGUUCUAUUCUCGAAGCCGGCCUUCCCGCGUUGACGUUACGGAGUAGACAAUGCCCAUUAAUAAAAUUGCGCUCUCCUCUGAAGAAGCUACCCAGUACCUACGGAGUACUCCGUAUUCUGUCUUACUCUUCCUACUGAGGUCUGACCCAUCUUCCUCCGUCUCCGUUCGCCUACAGCGUGGUCGUACAAAGGACUUCCCCAGUCUCCCUCUGUUAUGCCUCGACGCAAGGGCCAAGCGGCACGUUAACCACCCCGUGUCAUGUCAGUCAGUGGCAGUGGCAGUGGCAGUGGCAGUGGCAGUUAUGGAGUGAUGUCAGCCAUCUCUCUUUUUUUUUUUUUUUUUGUUUUUUUUUUU